GUUCUUCAGGAGCUCUCUGCAAACAUCAAGCAGCAGUAGCAAUUAAAUAUCAUCAAAGUUCUCUCAAUUGUUUGAUGGCUCUUUCAACUAAUGAUAAAGCUGAAUUAUUAUAUAUCGCAUGUA